AUGGUAUCUGAAACCGAGGCGGUGGAAAUCUACCGCGACGCCAUCGUCUUUGACGGGUUGAACAUCGCCAACUGGUCGCGCGAGAUUUUUGAAGCAUGGCAACAGGGCGGCAUCACCGGAGUUUCAUGCACAUGCGGUACCUUGGAAGGGUUCCGCGGCGCCAUUGCCAACGUGCAAAGCGCAACGGCAAAAACCGCCGUUCUAUUGUCCUGGCAAAACACAGCCGGCAUCGAAGAUCAACUAGAUUACCUACGUGUCUUCCGCGACUUGGGUGUGCGCAAGAUGCAACUCACCUACAACACACAGAAUUACUCUGGAGCAGGAUAUACCGAGAUUCGAGACUCGGGUUUGACUAGAUUUGGUCGACAAGUUGUUGAUGAAAUGGGUCGGUUGGGCAUCGUGGUUGAUUUAUCCCAUGUUGGUCCGGUGACUAGCGAAGAUGUUAUCGAGUAUGCGUCUAAGCCCCCUUGCUUCGGCCAUGUGUUGCCAGGUGGACUUCACGAGCAUCCGCGUAACAAGUCAAAUUAUCUUUUGCGGCUUAUUGGGAAGAAGGGUGGAUUUGUUGGAAUCAGUCAAUUUGGACCGCAUAUGGCCAGGGGCAAUGAAUCGACUAUCGACGAUUAUGUUACUGCUGUGGACUUUGUUAUCGAUUUGAUUGGCGAGGAUCUGGUCGGCGUUGGUUCAGAUGCUAGUUAUGCGCGUCGCCUCACUCCCUGGGGAAGCCAGACGGCUGUGAAGCCUCUGGGCCCGUUGAAGGAACGCCCAGAACUGGCCAAGGCUAUGGCUCGGGCAGGCUGGUCGAAAUCAAAGAUGCAGAAGGUGUUAGGGGAGAACUGGCUGGAUUAUUUGGAACGCAUCAUUGGAGAGUGA